AUGUCCCAUCAAUCUGCGCAAUCGCAGCGGCCGCUGACGCUCACCGAGGAGCUUGAAAAACUGGAACAAUCUAUUACAUUGACGCUCCAAGAAAUCGACCACAACUUCAGUCAGGCUCACCGAAUCGUGACGACAAGCAUCCUACCUCUAGUAGAGCAGUAUACGGAACAUUCGCGCGAUGUUUGGGAAGGUGCCAAGUUCUGGAAACAAUUCUUCGAGGCUAGUGCCAAUGUUUCUUUGUCCGGAUACGAGGAAAGGGCCGAUGGCGAUGAGACGGCGCAAGAGACCACGGCCACCGAAGAAGAGCUCUCUGCCGACGUAACCCAAAGCACAAGCGUCGACGAGACCGAUCAGUCCUACGAGACACCCUCCUCACGGCGCCACGAUGCUCAGCCCGGCCACGGGGAUGAUAUUGACCUUACCGAGCUGGCAAUCUCUUCUCACAGUACUCCCCGCGCAACAGGUCAACUCACCGACGAAGACAUGACGAUUUCCUCCAUUGAUCGUUCCUCCUCGUAUGAGAAUCUGAGAAAGCAGAUCAACGAGGCAAAGGCACCCUUUGAUAUGCCUGACUCAUCAACACUUCCAUCAACCCCAGGACGUCAGCCCUUCUUCCCGCCGGAUGCCUCCGUUACCCCAAUGUUGUCUCCGUUCAUCCCGCCGGUGUCAUCGACAAAGUUUGUACCUGCAUCUCGAGGAGAUUCUCAGUACCAGAAACCAUCAGACCCCGUGCUGCAUCGCGUCCUCGACAAAACCUACCGGGUUCAGGCAACUCCACUUGGCAAAGGCUACCGCAAUGUUGGCCACAGCACCAGCACGCAUUCCAAGUUCACGGUCACCCCAAAGGCUGCUGCUUCUACCUCUCGCUACGCCUUUGACGACUCCCCGAUGUCGAGUCCCGAACCCGAGGCGCCACGGCUGCACUCGGAAAUUUUCUCAUCGCCCAUCAAGGGUGUCACCACAACUCCAGGAACAAAUCGCAAACGACGCACCAGCAGCAACCGGCUUCGCGGCACACCAAAUCCAGGAACCAGUGUGUUGACACCUGCUAAGAAGUAUGGCGGUCAUCAGCCUGUAUGGGAUAGCGAUGAUGAUUUGGACGACGAGGAUUUUGGCCCAAGCCCUCCGAAGACCAUGCAGUUCCACAUUCCACAGAGCCGCCUAAUGAAGACGCCUGCCAAAGAAGCUUCCAAGCGGAUCGUCACCGACCUGCUAGCCACUGCAGGGGCGGGCGAUCUCACCGAUGAUAUUGAUGAUGACCACAGCCCCAGCGUUAUCAGGCGGACGGAGCGACUUGAAGAUGAUACAUUCUAG